CCUCUGCCUCCUUCCUGCUUGGCCGCUCACCCAAGAUAACACUUAUCAUGGGUUACAGCGCUAGAAUUGCUGCUAACCCAUAUGUGGUCGGCUCUUUUGCGUGUAUAGGCGGUGGCCUUUUUGGGUUGGACAUCUCGUCUAUGUCUGGUGUGCUCAACAACGAUGCCUACCUGAAGGCUUUCAGCUCACCCGGUCCUAAUGCUCAAGGUGCAAUCGUUGCCACCAUGCCUGCGGGUUCGUUCGUAGGCGCGCUCGCCGUCAGUGCUCUUGCCGAUAAAUUCGGUCGCAAAAAGACUGUCAUCCUUUCUGGUAUCAUCUGGGUCAUCGGCUCGAUUUUGCAGUGCGCUUCAAUCAACCGUGGUAUGCUAGUCGUUGGUCGUAUCAUCUCGGGUAUCUCUGUCGGUCUUGCGUCGGCUGUCGUUCCUGUUUAUCAGUCAGAGAUCACGGCUCCUCAUAUUAGGGGACGUCUCGUCGCCAUGCAGCAAUGGUCCAUCACUUGGGGCAUCCUCAUUCAAUACUUCAUCCAGUUCGGCUGUUCCUAUAUCAACGGAGUAGCCUCGUUCCGAAUCCCGUGGGGUCUCCAAAUGAUACCAGCCAUCAUCCUCUCUACGGGCAUGCUGGCGUUCCCCGAAUCUCCACGAUGGCUCAUUGAUCAUGGAAGGUUCGAUGAAGCACUCCAGAUCCUCGCGGAUCUUCAUGGUGGAGGUGAUCCCAACAAUGCACUCCCGCCGCACGGGGUUGAGAUCCGCACGCCUUUGCUCGGCCAUGCAAGCCUGCGCCCGCGGGGUCAUACACCUAGCUCCCCACAUGCACACGGUCUCCCUCUCUGCGCUCCACACUCCACGACGCACGACGCACGACGCACCGUCCACCGUCCACCGUCCGCCGCCCGCAGAUCGCCCCAGCGCGCGACCCCUCCGUCCGCCGCACUCGCCCGCCCGCCCGCCCGCCCGCUCUAA